GAGCGGAGGGAGGGGGGCAGGGAACGGAUGGUGGGGCGAGAUCGGCGGCGGCCAUUCCCGAAGCGCCAUUCGUCCGUCCAGAGAGAGAGAGAGGAGGGAGGCGGGGCCAGGAUUCGCGGGCACAAAUACCAUCCCCGCCCGUCUCCCUCUCCCCGCUGGAAGCUCCAAUCUAAACCGAGCCAAAGGAAGGAAGGAGGAGGGGGCCGGAUUGGAAACCCUAUUUCCAAUUCCUCCGUCCUCCUCUUCCUCCCUCCCUCCUUCCCUCCCAACCUUGAUCCCCCUCCCCCUUGUCCGGCGACGAGAGCUAGCAAGCGGCCGGAAAAGAGCGGUUCUUUGGCCGGCCGGCGGCGGGAGGGCGCCGCGCGCGCGCGAGAGGCGGCGAUUCCCCCCGCUGAUGCGCGCGUUCCAUGAGCGUCCAGACACCGCUGACUGCCUUCUCCUAGCGCGCGCGUCGGGGAGGGUCGGGCGAGGAGGACGACGGGGAGGGGCGGCGGGCGAGAGGGGGGGCCGGGAGGAGCCAGCGCCAUUGCCCCCUCUUCUUUGAUGGGCAUUCCGUUCCAGCUCCAAUCCCAGCAGGGAAUACAGCAAGCGAAGGCCCUACUAGCAGAAAACAAAAUAAUGAUCAAAAAGGAAACUUCUCCAUCUGAACCUUUUGGGGGGCAACCUGCGAAAAAUGCAUCCACUCCGAAGCCAAAUAUGGCAACUGCUGCCAAGGUUAAUGCUAUGGUCGGAAAUAGGACAUGGUUUGGAGGGCUUUUCACUGGCUCAGGUAAAAAGCGUCAAGUCCAUGCCGAGAAGAACUUUGAAAUGACCCCUCUUCAGGAACAAAGGAUGCAAAAAUUAAAGGACAGACUAAACAUACCUUUUGACGAGACCCGACCGGAACAUCUGACAUCCCUGAAGGCUCUUUGGAAAAUUUCCUUUCCCGAUACAGAGCUCACGAGCUUAGUUUCUGAACAGUGGAAAGAUAUGGGGUGGCAGGGCCCAAAUCCUGCAACUGAUUUCAGGGGCUGUGGAUUUGUGUCACUUGAGAACCUUCUAUUCUUCGCAAGAAGAUACCCGGCUUCUUUCCAGAAAUUGUUGCUGAAAACACAAGGAAUGCGAGCCACAUGGGAAUACCCCUUUGCGACAGCAGGCGUUAAUGUCUCACACAUGUUGAUCCAACUGUUGGAGCUUAAUUCAGCUCGACCGAAAACUUUGCCGGGGAUUAACUUCGUCAGGAUGCUGUCCGAGCACGAGGACGUGUUCGACAUCCUCUACUGCAUAGCCUUCGAGAUGAUGGACGCUCAGUGGCUGGCGAUGCGCGCCUCCUACAUGCAGUUCAAUGAUGUGCUGGAAGCGACGAAGUCGCAGCUGGAGAGGGAGCUUUCGCUGGAGGACCUCGUGCGGAUCCAGGACCUGCCGGCUUACAACCUCUUGUUGAAAUGAAAUGAAAUAGGCUCGAGAAAAGAAAAGAAAACAAUAUAAACCUGGGGAAAAAAUGUAUGUUGGGUUCCUUCUCUGAAUUUUGCAAAGCUCCACGAUUGUACAAAUGCAGAACAACACUGCAUUGCGUGACGACGAAAAA